AUGAAGUUUGGACGAAACCUCCCGCGAAAUCAAGUCCCCGAAUGGGCCGGCGCCUACAUCAACUACAAGGGCCUCAAGAAAAUCGUCAAGGCCGCCGCCGAGAAAGCCCGAAAUGGCGAGACCGUAGAUCCAGCAGAGCUUUCCUUCGCCCUCGACCGUAAUCUUGAAGAUGUCGACUCAUUCUAUAACAAGAAGUACGCCGAGGCUUGCCGACGUGUCGACCUCUUGCAGAACCGCUAUGGGCGCGUGCCCGAUGUGGUUGCGACUCUGGAUCGGGAUGAGAUUGAGGAAGUCAUGGGGGCGCUCUUGGAGCUCAGAAGUCAGCUAAGAAACUUGCAGUGGUUUGGCGAAAUCAACCGUAAAGGCUUCGUCAAGAUCACAAAAAAGGCCGACAAAAAAGUGCCAGGAAUUGCUUCUCAGCACCGAUACAUUUCGACAAAAGUCGACCCGAGACCCUUUGCACGGGACGGAAACGUUCUCAGACGGCUUAGCGAGAUCAACCGGUGGCUUUCAGUACUGGGAGAUGCACAGAGCGCGGAUGAUGCAACAUCGGAACGAUCGACUCGCUCCUUUAGCAGAGCAUCGGCCAAGAUAUUCCUCCAUAUGCCGCAGGCUCAGCUUGAUGCGCUAGAACAAGCCGUCCGAAACGACGACAUUGCAGCUCUUCAGCAGGGGCUGGCGGAUGCACAUGUUGUGGCAUCAGAGACUUCAUCGCAACCUUUGUUGCUCAAUCUCUUGCAACGAUCAAUAUCGAGCAGAUCUAGGGCAUGUAUCACGUAUCUUUUACAAAACAUUAAAGAUCUCGAUGAGCCUGAGGAUAUCAAUGGUCGAAACUGCGUCCACCGCCUUGUCAUUCACAUUGGUCGCACAAAGUCUGCGCCCACAAACGAGGAUGCGAAUACAUUUCCAGUACCAGUCGGCACGCAUUUCAACAGCCGACAUCUGCAGCCUGCAGUCUCUUCUGCCGUCCAGGUCAAAGAGAUUAACAAGUACGAAUCUGCUCUUCUUAGCAAAGAUGACGAAGCAGUGCAGUUGCUUGAGUUUCUGUUUGACAAUAUGUCGGAAAAUCAGCGAGUAGCUCUGAAAACCCCUGAUACCCUUGGCCGCUUGCCGCUUCAUUAUGCUGCCCAAUUUGGGUUUGUCGUCGUCUGCCAAAUCAUCAUGGCUAGGAUGCAGCAGUGGAAUCAAUUUGACGUCAAAGACGGAAUUGAUGCUCCCGAGUGGCAAGACAGCGAUGGAUAUGCGCCGCUUCAUCUCAGCGUCAUCGGCGGCCAUCCUUUGACCACGCAAGCUCUGCUCCAAGGCGAAGUUUGGCAGGGAAGCAGUGAAGCCAAGCCCGAAAUCCGGAAGACGGUAGCCAAAUCCGGUGCCGUUCUUGCGCUUGCCACGAAAUCCAACUACACCGUCAUUGUGAAGAUGCUUGUGGAUGCGGGUGUCAAUGUCAAUUGGACUGACAAGACGGGCGAGACUGCUCUCCAUGUUGCCGCCAGAUUCGGACACGAUGAGUGUGCUCGUGUCAUUCUGGAGAGCAAGCUGCAAAAGGCAGAUGUGGAAAUUACAGAGAAGUCUUAUGCUUGGACUCCUUUGCAUGUUGCAGCGGUCGAUGGCUCGCUUUCAGUUGUCAAUUUGCUUAUUGACGCUGGCGCGGACGUCUCCAAACCAGAUGCAUCUGGCUGGACGGCCAAGGAACAUGCGUCAUUGCGUGGCCAUAUGCAGAUAGCAAGGCUUCUCGCGGCUCAUACGAACGAAGUUGAAGCUGAUACUCCCCGGACCGUGACCGCCUCUCCACCGCUCAACCCUACAGAGAGCUCUUCAUCCAUCGAUGGCCGUCGUUCAAACCAGUCCCCUACCGCGCCGCGACCAGCUGAACUUGUAAAGUCUUUUGGUCACCGCUACCUCACAAAUGAAAGCAUGGUCUUUGUAAGCCUUGGAUCUAUGGAUACCCGAAAGAAGCUGGAUGCCGUAACUCUCGACAGCGUCCCCCUUGCGGAGGCUCACAACACACAGCUUGACACAGCUCUCUCUGUCGUGGUCACUGCUGAUGGAGCUCAGGGAGAGGCAACUAUUGUUGAUCUCCCGGUUCACGAGCACAUUGCGACCGAACCGAUUGUGUUCAGGACGCGUGAUCCAGCCAAGGUCAAGCUUCUCUUUGAUAUUGUUCCGACCUACUCGGGAAACAACAAAAACAAGAUUGGUCGUGCGGUGGCUCUCAUGUCUUCUGUCAAACCGACAAUUGGCACUGGUCGGAUGAACUUGCAGGGCGACUUGUGCGUGCCAAUCAUGAACAGCAGCUUUGAGGUUAUUGGAACUGUCAACUUCAGCUUUUUGGUCAUUACGCCUUUUUACCACCCCAACAUGGAGAUUACUUCGAGGCAGACGUACUGGAAGAAGCUCUCGUCCACCAUGGUUAUUGGGCAUCGAGGCCUUGGAAAGAAUAUCACCUCCAAUAAAUCUCUGCAACUUGGCGAGAACACGUUGCCUUCAUUCAUCGCAGCAGCCAAUCUCGGAGCUCAGUAUGUCGAGUUUGACGUCCAGCUUACCAAGGACCACGUUCCUGUCAUUUACCACGACUUUUUAGUCAGUGAAACUGGCAUUGACGCUCCUGUUCAUACCCUCACCUUGGAGCAAUUCUUGCACAUCAACCCCGAGUCAAGAAGGUCGAACAAUCGCCAAAACGGGCCAAGCCAUAGCGGGAAGUCUGCUGUCGGCCGGACACGUAGCAAUAGUCUGACCCCACAGCGAUCACAGUCUAUGGGCUAUGCGGGCAGUGGUCUACAACAGGAGAUGGAGGAGCGCAUGAAGCACACUCGGGACUUUAAAGAGAAGGGAUACAAGGGCAAUACACGUGGCAACUUCAUCCAGGCACCGUUUGCGACGCUAGAAGACUUGUUCCGAAAGCUGCCAGAGCAUGUUGGCUUCAACAUUGAGAUGAAAUAUCCUAUGCUCCACGAAAGUGAAGAGCAUGAAAUGGAUACGUAUGCAGUGGAACUAAAUUCUUUCUGUGACACUGUGCUGUCCAAGGUCUACGAUCUGGCUGGUGAAAGACACAUCAUCUUCAGCUCUUUCAAUCCGGACAUCUGCUUGUGUCUCAGCUUCAAGCAGCCCUCUAUUCCGAUUCUGUUCCUCACAGACGCGGGCGUUUCUCCCGUGGGAGAUGUUCGAGCGUCAUCUUUACAGGAGGCCAUUCGCUUCGCUAGCCGCUGGAACCUUCUUGGCAUUGUUUCUGCAGCCGAACCCCUGAUCAACAGCCCUCGGUUGGUGAGAGUUGUCAAGGAGAACGGACUGGUAUGUGUCAGUUAUGGCACGCUCAAUAAUGAUUCGAUAAUGGUUCAGCGCCAAGUUAAAGAAGGCAUUGAUGCCGUCAUUGUAGACAGCGUUUUGGCCAUUCGUAAGGGCCUUACGAGUGCUGAAUCCGCUGCGGAGCAGUCAAAGAACGGAACUCCAACUAUUGAGGAAGCAGAUGCUGUUGUGCAGCCCCUUUCGGAACAAUUGCAGAAUUUCAGCCUUGCGGCGAGCACGGCAGUAUCUGGUUAA